UUUUGUUUUCAUGAGCAGCAUUCGUUUGUCGCUAGGCAAAGGGCCAGUAUGCAGAGUCCAGUCCUCACUCCUGCAUCAGCUAGAGUAGUGACUGAAUGACAAUGUCCUCCUUCUGUGAGUGGGCGAAAACCGACGACGGCGUCUUUCACCUGAAGCUCACCGGAGUCGAUGGCCAUCACUACCUAACCAAGGAAGCUCUCCAUGAGCUCAGGCAGAAGCUCGCAGAGAUCCGCGAGCUCGCCUCGUCGUCGCCGGAGCCAUGCCGAGGCCUCAUCACCUCCUCCUCCUCCUCCUCCUCGCCGUCGUCGCCGACGACGGGCUCCUUCUGCGACGGCAUCGACCACAAGAGCCUCCGGGCCAACAUGGCCGCUCCGGUGGCCGAGCAGGCCAGGGUCCUCGCCGACGGCAUGGCCGCCGUGGUGCGGGAGCUCCUCGCCAUGCCGAUGCCCACAGUGUGCGCGGCCACGGGGGGCGCGGCGUCGCUGGGCCUCGCCCUGGCGCUCGCGCACGACGACCUCGUCGUCCUCAGCGACGCCUACUACAAGCUCGGCAACGUCGAGGACGGCGUCGCCGUGCCACCGCACGUGGCGGCGCUCGUCCGGGAGAAGACCGACCGGUGGUACACGCUGACGACGCUCAAGUCGAGGCCGCGCACGGGCAGCUGGAUGAGGAGGUGGUACUUCGCCGACGGCGAGGCGGCCAGCCGCGACGGCGUGGUGCGGGAGGCGGAGAGGCUCGUCGGCGAGUGGCCGGCGGCUGGCGAGGACGGGAAGGUGCACGCCGAGACGCGGAGGCAGCUCUACCGGGAGAGCUGGGAGGCCGUGUGUGCCAUUGUUCAUGACGAAUAAUGGAUAAUCUCGAGCGAUAUCGUCUCACCGGCGUCAGCGUGCAUCCAUGGACACGAGCUCUUCGUCUCAUCGUGAUCGACGUUCACCUUUGAUUCUAUUUUAAUUCCCUUCUCCUUGUGUUGUGGCAGAUCUUCAUCGAUGAUAUCUGCUCUUGGCGAUUGUGACUUUGUAUUUGAUCAUCGAUCUUCAUCCAUAUACUCGAUCGAUCCGAACUUUAUCAUGAUACAGUCCUUUUGAAAUUAAUAAAAUCGUCAUGCACAUUAUAUUGUUGGAUAA